AUGACUUCCGACGCCACAUUCAAUAUAUUGGGGGUUGUCUUCGGUGUCUGUGGGCUCUUGCCCGCUCUCUUCACUUUCAUCAGCAGCCAACUUCCCUCCAACAAGCUACGGAAGUUAGAUUUUGCACUGGAAGAAACAGAGACUCUUCUGAAGUCCACAGUUGAAGAAGGGCUGUUCCCGGAUGGUGCUCUAAUUCCCGACGCAGAAGGUGACCUGUCUCGCAUACGCAUACACGCAGAAGAAGUUCGUUUGCAGUCACACUGUGCAGCUACAGUAACUAAACAACUGGUCGGGAUGUUAACCGGCCUGUCUUCACGUAUUUCGAUGCUUUACCAGGAGGCCAAACAACUCAAGGCCAGGAUAUCUUCUUCCACUGCUGAGGCGCGUAAAAGACUCGAGAUCGAAAGACAAUUGCGCCACAGUUCCACAUGUGGCACCGAUUCCCUCCAGACUCAUAACAUAUCACCAGCCGAUAGAGUUCCCGAGACUUAUGGCACCUCGUCAAGGUUAUGGGAAAUAGUUUUCAGUACACCCUUCUCCUUUACCUUUUCGCAUGACGGUGCCACAGAGCAUUCCGGCAUAUCUCGUAUUAAAGACGCGUUUCGCGGACUGGCAUCUCGCUUCGAACGUCACGCUUUCAUCCCCCCAGACGAAGCAUCCUCAUCCGCCCUACCUUUAACUUCCGUUCACAUGGCAGUUUUAGACUCCGUAACACUCCUUGACGCAGAUAGCAGCUAUAAUCCGAGCCGGCCAGAUACCGCACAUACCACGCUGGACUCAAGUUGCUUACUGUCGACGGGUGAGCAGACCACCAAGCCCGACACAUGGUCCCACCGUCCUCUGUCGCGUCACCCUCGUCGAGUUCGCCAGUUAUAUACCACCCGAGGCCACCAGCGUAUUUUUCUCACACGGUUCGCCACAUCCCAGCGGCCAACUAGAGCGAAGCACAGCCGCCGGAUGUCCGCGUCCACCAGGUCAUCUAUGAGCUCUGCGGAAACUAAUGUGAUGUAUUUCGUCGUUGAAGCCGAACGAUUUACCUCGGGCGACAGUUUAUCGGGCGAUGGUCGCGACGAUGAUUUAUGGGAAGAUGAUGAUGAUUUGACCACGCAAGACAAACCUAUGAAGCAUUGCGCACCGGGAACCUGCGCCCCCAUCAUCGUAUCGAACGUCGUGUAG